GGUCGUGAAAAGCCAUAAGCUGCCAUACUGUGAUCUUGUCGAUCACUAAGUCGUAACUCUCUAUAUAAUACCACUUCAUCUAGAUCUCCAUAUAUAUUGCGGAAUACUACUACUCUUUGCCGAUCACAUCGUCGUCUCUAGAUCCCCCCCACCAGUUCCAGUUCCCACUUAAGCGUUUUCUCGAAAUGUCUGAAGACGGCGGUGCCACAGGAGCGCCCGGUGCUCAUGCGCACCACGAUAACGAUCUGCCCGCGCUUCAUAUCCCUACCGAGCAAGAAAAGAAGCAACCUACUGUUCAGGAAGAUGCCUAUCCUAUCUCGCCGCGACGCCAUGCAUCGACACCAAAUCCUUUCAGCCGGAGAAAUACGAGCAUUGAUAUAGAUGAUUAUUUUACCGGUCCUCGUGAUACCUCCAAGCAUUCAAAAUGGCCCCUGUUCAUGCAGUUACACGGAAGCAUCCUCCCUAAAAUGAUCGUACCGCUACUUGUUGUCGCCGCUUGGGCAACUCUCGUGACCGUCAUCUCGAAAAAAGUUGAAGGAGUUAAUCUGGGGAUUAAGUCCAUCCUUCUUACUGUUACUGGUUUCGUCGUGGGUCUAGGUUUAUCCUUCCGCAGCUCGACGGCAUAUGAGCGAUAUGGCGAGGGCAGAAAAUAUUGGAGCCAGUUGAUAUUCGCCUGUCAAGGUCUCGGCCGAGUGUUCUGGAUACACGCCGUUGAGCGAGAGGGAUCGUCCAAGCGGGACCUAUUAGCCAAAUUAACCGCUAUGAACUUAAUCGUAGCCUUUGCUGUAUCCUUGAAACACAAGCUCAGAUUCGAACCGUACACGUACUACGAGGAUCUCUCGGACUUGGUUGACCAUCUCGACACCUUUGCUAAAGCUGCGACUGAAGAACAUACUGUAAAGCCGAGAGUGGGGCUGUUUAAGGCGGUCGGAGAGAAUCUCGGAUUGUCUUUUGCAGCCUCAAAUCCUCGUAAGUUGAUGAAGAAAGCCCAGACCCCUCUCGGUAAUCUUCCUCUGGAGAUCCUCUGCUACCUCACGGCAUACGUGGACGAAUUAGCUCUCAAUGGCCAACUACCCGUCCCAAUGCAGCAGACCUCUGCCUACAACCAACUUCAAGCCUUGAACGACGUUUUAGUUGGCACCGAGCGAGUUCUUAACACACCGCUUCCUAUUGCCUACGCCAUUGCUAUCUCGCAAAUUACCUGGAUUUAUGUGUUCCUCCUGCCAUUCCAAUUGUUCCUGGAACUUGGCUGGAUAACAAUACCGGCGACAGUAGCUGCGUCCUAUAUUAUUCUAGGCAUUUUCUUCAUCGGCCACGAAGUCGAAAAUCCCUUCGGCAACGAUGUCAAUGACUUGCCUCUGGAUCUAUUCUGCCAGCAGAUAGUGCAGGAUAUGGAAACUAUUGCGGCGCGCCCCAAGCCUCGCCUUUCCGAGUGGGUCGAGAACCCCAAGAACAAGGUCUUAUAUCCUCACAGCGAAUCGAGCUAUGGUAUAUGGGCGCAACGACCCGAGUCGGCUAUUCGGAAUGCGCUACGGAACCGACCACACGCUGGAUUUGAUAAGAUGGGCGAGAGCGGUAUAAAAGAAGCCCAUACCGUAUGAGAUUGCGACGAGGGCUGGCUCUAGCUUUGUUGAAACUCUAUCCGUCAAUAGAGAUGAUUCUGCUAUGAGCAUCCCCUAACCUCGUACAAACUUCCUUUAUAGGUACGUAGGUAGGGAAUCCCGUUUAUUUUCUCGACGCUAUAUACCUUUUAGAGUUUUAUCUAAGUUUCUUUUAAUUAUUGGGAUCGGAAAAUAGGAUAGCAUGUUGGCGGUAUUGUUUAUGUCGUAUGUCGUUUGGAUUUAGCGGGAUUGUGUAAAAAAGAAGUAUUAU